GGAAGUGAAAGCAUUGACGGGAGGGAAAGUACUGCGGAAAAAUGCAGAGCUGGAGUCGAGUGUACUACUCCUUGGCCAAGCGGAACCAUUUCAAUCGAAUAUCUCAUGGCCUACAGGGACUUUCUGCAGUGCCUCUGAAAAUUUAUGCAGAUCAGUCAAUUGAUGCUGACGUAACAGUUAUAGGUUCUGGUCCUGGAAGUUAUGUUGCUGCUAUUAAAGCUGCCCAGUUAGGCUUCAAGACAGCUUUAUUGAAUAACUCUCAUUAUUACCAUAUGGCUCAUGGAAAAGAUUUUGCAUCUAGAGGAAUUGAAAUGUCUGAAGUUCGCUUGAAUUUAGAGACGAUGACGGAGCAGAAGAGUACUGCAGUCAAAGCUUUAACAGGUGGAAUUGCCCACUUAUUCAAACAGAAUAAGGUUGUUCAUGUCAAUGGAUAUGGAAAGAUAACUGGCAAAAAUCAGGUCACUGCUACGAAAGCCGAUGGCAACACUCAGGCUAUUGAUACAAAGAACAUUCUUAUAGCUACAGGUUCAGAAGUUACCCCUUUUCCUGGAAUCACGAUUGAUGAAGACACAAUAGUGUCAUCCACAGGUGCUUUAUCUUUAAAAAAAGUUCCAGAAAAGAUAGUUAUUGGUGCAGGAGUAAUAAGUGUAGAAUUGGGGUCAGUUUGGCAAAGACUUGGUGCAGAUGUGACCGCAGUUGAAUUUUUGGGUCACGUAGGUGGAGUUGGAAUUGAUACAGAGAUAUCUAAGAACUUUCAACACAUUCUUCAAAAACAGGGGUUUAAAUUUAAAUUGAGUACAAAGGUUACUGGUGCUACCAAGAAGUCAGAUGGAAAGAUUGAUGUUUCUAUUGAAGCUGCUUCUGGUGGCAAAGCAGAAGUUAUCACUUGUGAGGUACUCUUGGUUUGCAUUGGUCAACAACCUUUUACUCAGAAUUUGGGACUAGAAGAGCUUGGAAUUGGGCUAGAUCCCAGAGGUAGAAUUCCAGUCAAUACCAGAUUCCAAAUCAAAAUUCCAAAUAUCUAUCCCAUUGUUGCUGGUCCUAUGCUGGCUCACAAAGCUGAAGAUGAAGGCAUUAUCUGCGUUGAAGGAAUGGCUGGUGGCGCUGUGCACAUUGACUACAAUUGUGUGCCAUCAGUGAUUUACACACACCCUGAAAUUGCUUGGGUUAGCAAGUCAGAAGAGCAAAUGAAAGAAGAGGGUAUUGAGUACAAAGUUGGCAAAUUCCCAUUUGCUCCUAACAGCAGAGCUAAGACAAAUGCUGACAGCAUGGUGAAGAUUCUCGGGCAGAAAUCAACAGACAGAGUGCUGGGAGCACAUAUUCUCAGACCAGGUAUUGGAGAAAUGGUAAAUGAAGCUGCUCUUGCUCUGAAAUAUGGAGCAUCCUGUGAAGAUAUAGCUCAAGUCUGUCAUGCACAUCCGACCUUAUCAGAAACUUUUAGAGAAGCAAACCUGGCUGCAUCAUUUGGCAAAUCAAUCAGUUUUUAAACUAGAAGAUUAUAUAUAUGUUUUCUGAAAUUUCCUGGGAGCUUUUGUAGAGGUCCCAUUUCUGAACAGGAUAUGCUCACAGCUCCAAGAAUUUCUAGGACAGAAUUAUGAAACUUUUGGAAGGUAUUUAGUAGGUUUGGACAGAAUGGAAUACUCUCAUAUCUAUAUUUUACAUAUUUAAUAUUUUGUUUUAAUGUAUUAAUAUGCAGGAUAAAAAGCUACUUAUAGUAGCUUCCUAGGAAAUCUUCAUCAAUCCAUAUUUUCUUGUUUAUGAAAGAUUCAACACCGCUGAAUUUAAGUAGCUUUUUUGAUACAGAAAAGUUGAGUUUACUUUUACAUGGAUGGAGUUGGAGUAUGGUAUGUGAACAGUUAAGUUUGAAGCAAGGUGAUCAAGUUAAUUUUCAUUUGGUUUUCACAUUGGAAACAAGUCAGGCCGGUAAGAUUCAAAUAUGUAUAAACUGAUGUAA